AUGUUGGAGUUCAUGGAUUAUGUGCAGCAUGCAUUUUAUCAUGCGUCUCACUGGAACCUCGAAAAUUCCUAUUCUCAUCUUACGGCUACAGCCAGAGCUCUCCUGGAAUUCGAGACUCCCCGCGGAUUGAAAUUCAAUCUAUCCUCUCUUUCGUCUCCAAAUUUCGCGACCUCAUACGCCAUUGGCAGCGUUGGGCUGGUCGACGGCUCACUCUCUUACCUGUACACUUCUCUGCCUCUACACACCACGUCCCAAAGCGGGCAAAUCGAGCUUCACAAUGUCAUAAGGGGUUAUAGACAGAUCCAAGAACUGCGGAAACAGGAGGAGUCAUGGAUGUGGGAGCAAUGGCAAGGUGGGAAGCGGAUAGACAAGCGCGACUCCCUACUCUAUGGACGGCUCUACCUACCACAAAGCACACUUGAAGCUUUAUACCUACGUCGUCUGAGCCCAACUUCGCAGCUGAGGCUUUCGGCUGUCAGCGAUAGCCGUCUACGAAAUGGUGGGACAGUUUUGGCGCUGUAUCAAUAUGAUGUUGGGAAGUAUAGUGCAGAUACACUGUAUUCGACAGAUGGUGGUCUCAUUGGACUUCGAGGACUGUACAAUUUUGGCCCAGAUCCGAGGAAGGAGAUUACUGAGCUGCCUAGGACCGAUGAUCGGUUUUAUGGACGGUUCAGUGCAGGGGCGGAGAUGUACUACGGGUCUUUGAACAAGUCUGGCGGUAUGAGCUUUGGCGGACGGUUCGCCACACUACCUGCGCAUAAAGGUGUCCCUUUGACUGCAACUCUCACGUUGAACCCACUCAUGGGAAACUUAAGCACGACUUACGCAGUAAAAGCGGGCAAGAACUUAGGCCUAUGCUCGAAAUUCGACUUUAAUGUGUACAGCUACGAAAGCGACGUGAUGCUUGGGUGCGAGCUAUGGAAGAUGAAACCCGAAGUUCCAAAAGAGAAGGUACGGAGCUGGGAAGCAAAGCUCGAAUGGAGACUUGAUCCUGUCGAGGAGAAUCCCGUGCCGGAACCAGACGUGGUUGCUGGGGUGUUGAAGGCUCGCGUUGAUCAGAACUGGAAAUUUGGCUUGCUGUGGGAGGGUAGGAUUAAGGAUCUGCUGUUUACGCUUGGUACGUCGAUUGAUAUGAAGAGGAGAGAUCAGCCUUUUAGGGCUAUUGGGUUGGAGCUGCAAUACUCUUCGUGA